AUGAAGAUCCUGGACCGUCCCUUGGCUCAUCGUGCUGGAUUUUUAGUUUCUCGGGGCCGAGCAGCACAGAAUUGCGUGGGGCGGACCGUGGGGGGUGAAGUUUUGAUAUCCGCCAAGCAAGCUCCGGACGAAAGGAAGCCGGUUACUAUUAGCAGUGCUGUUCGCCCACAUCCCAACAACCAGCAUAACCUUGUUGUCGAAGCUCUCGGGCCAACUUCGCAGAUUACUCCAGACUCACAUCUUGUGCACUCGACCUUCCUUGGCAACCUCGUGCGCGUUGUCACCACGCUGUGCCCAAGCUUCACCCUCCCUGAUCUCCCAGACUUGGGUUGUCUAGCAUGCACCCCAUGA